GUCUGGCGACGACACCAGUGACACCGACACGUGGGACGCGAGCAUCUGCCACAGCACAGACGUGCUGCCAGACUACUCCGCGAGCCAGGCCGGCGCCCGCGGCGCCUCGGCGGGCGUGGCCGCCCCGGCGCCCGCCAGGCACAAGCCCUGUGCCGGCGGCGGGGGCGCGGCCCCGGCGGCCGCGGCGGCGGCAGCUGCAGGGCGGCCGCGCCCCUACGGGCUGCGGCGCCGCGGGGCGGUCCGCGAUGCGCCCGGCGACGUCCCUCCGCGGCUGCACGCGGCCCCUCGCGGCGGUGCUUUAGGGUGCACGCACGGAGCCCCGCCUGGCGCUGCAGCGGCCCUGGAGCCAGCGAGGGCCCCGCACGAGCGCUGCCACGCGGCCAUGCCGCCGGGGCCCGUGCCCGGCGCCAGCGAGGAGGACGCGGCGGCCCCUGCAGCCUGGCCACCGCGCGCUGCCAGCGGAGAGGGCACAGGGGGCGCAGCGGCCUCCCCCGAGGGCGCAGCGGCCUCCGCGGCGGCCCGCCCAACGCACGCCGCCGGCGGCGAGGGCGCCGCGCCCCGCUCGGGCCGCUCGCCGCUCGGCUCGGGGCGCUGCGCCGCGGCGGCUGCGCCUGUGCCGGUGCCGCUGCCGGCCGCGCCGCCGGGGACGUGGGGGCCGUGGGCCGCGCGGCGGCCGCCGCCGCGCGUGGGGCGGUUCGCCCGCGGGGAAACUGGCGGGGCAGCGGCCGCAGUGUGCAGCGGCGCGGGCGGGGAGCUGCCGCGGGGCGGUGCGGGCGUCGAGGCGUGGGCCGCCGCGGGCACGGAGGCGCCGCGGGUCGGCGGGGGCACGGUGGCGCAGGCCGACGCGGGCGAGAGCACCGAGGUGCAGCUGGACGGCUUCGAGGCGGCGAGCGCGGGUACGCUUGUCUGCCGGCCUCGUGUUCGACUGCGCGACCGCCGCCAUCGUAACCGCCCUGUGGCCCCCUCCUCCGGCUGCUCCCACGGCGGAGGGAGCGGGUCCGUGCCGGUGGCCUGCCGCUCGAGCUGGGCGGCGCGGGGAGUGCGGUGGGCCGACCUCGAGGAGGAGGCGGAGGAGGAGGCACAGCGUGUCGACCUGGCAGAGUUGGAACAUGGGGGAGGAUGGUGA